CAUCAUGCCCACUUCUUAGCCAAUGAGAGAGCAUUGUAGCUCAGUGUCAUCGCUGAAGAAGGAGGGCUAUCAUAGGAGGGCUUUCGUAGGAGGAGUGUUGGACUUUAUUUUUCUGGUGGGGUGUGUUUGUGUGUGUGUGUGUGUGUGUGAGUAAGUGUGUGUGUGUAUGUGAGGUAUAUACUUUGAGCUGUCACGCUCUACAGGAUUUCUUGAUUCCUUGGAGUUUGUUAGGACACACAGAAAGGACAUCUUUCUAAACAUAGGAGCCAGAUGUCUCAGCCUAAACAGCCCACUUCCACCCCAUCAGUGCCGGCGUCCACUGUGAAGCCUGCCCAACAUGAGAAAGGGGCUGCAUCAUCAUCCACUAGAGUUGCGGCUGCAAAGCCUGCAACCACAGCAGCCUCAGCAGCCACUACUACUACCGGUACCCGCUCUACAUCCACAGUGACCAAUGUAGGGGCUUCUACAGGAGCUAAAGCUAGUGGAGGAGUAACCACCACCACAGGAUCUUCCAAAGUCACGUUGCAGGCACCACCCGUGUCUCCUGCGAUAGCUCCGCCUGUGAGCACUGGAACAACGGGUGCAGUAGGUGGAGCAGGAAAACCUCCUACAGAACUGGUUAAACCCACAGACACUUCUAAAGUCCAGAAAACCGCUGUUUCAUCAUCCAAACUGGAACCUUCUAAGGUGACCUCCACAGUAACAAAGCCCACUGCCACUACUGUUGUUUCUGGAACCACUGGCCAAAAGGAGGAUGUUAAGUCAAAAGAAGCAAAGGUGAAGUCUGAGGUUUCUCCGAAGGCCAGCACUCUGGCGCCUGCUGUAGAUCCAUUAGAUGCCUUGGCUGGCAGUUUGCCAUCUGAAAAGCCCUCUAAAAGUCCUCAGUUUACUGGGCCUGAAGUCACAGAGCCUAGCAUAACCUCAGAAGUGGCUCACCGCUGUGGAGACGGAGAUGCCACACUGCCACCUGGAUACAGGCUGAAAGACAUGGAAAAGAAGAUGCCUGCUGGAGAACCUGAGAAGCCCAAGGAAGUUUCCAAGCCCCUAACGCUGGAUGAGGCUGUGGACUCUCUCUCCACUGGAUUUGUAUCUACGCCACUACCAUCCAAACCAGAAGUGAAACAUGAAACUGUGGCUGCUGUCGAUACCCGCAAAAACUAUGCCCCUGCUCCACCUGCUCAGAAAAAACAAGAUGCUUCCGUGCCUGCAAGUCUGUCUCCUGCUCCUCCUGCUGACAAGAAACCAAAGAUAGAGAAACCCGCUACAGACUCUGCGGCCGCUCAGGACGUCAAACCAAAGAUUGAGGAAAAAAAGGUUUCUGCAGAUAAGCCAAAGCAAGACCCCAAGGCAGAUCCCAUGUCUGUGGACGCUCUUGAAGCUCUAGUCGGCACAUUACCCGAAGCAAAACCAGUUCCCGAGUCCCCAGAACUCAGACCUGAGGAAAUUGUUCAUGAGGGGAAGCUGAAGUCAGAGAAAGGUGUGCGUGUGGGUGAGAGAGACGACACACUGCCCCCUGAAUACAGGUUCAAGGAGGACAAGGACAAGAAGCUUCCUCCUCCACCAAAACAGCCCUCCAUGGACACGACUGAGGCUCUGGAUAUUCUGUCUGGAGGUUUCACUGAUGCCAGUGUAGCUCCUGCUGUCCACAGCCCUGUUAAAGCCCAAGUCAAGCAGCCCCAAGUGGAGGAUCUUUCAGCUCUUGAUGCUCUGGCAGGUGAUUUUGUGGCUCCUGCCCAUGCCAGAAAGGUCUGUUCUGGAGCACCUUCUGUCCCAACAACAGCCACUAAAAGCACUCCACCCACCUCUGACCAGGCAGAUCCCAUGUCUCUGGAUGCUCUUGACGCUCUGGGAGGCACACUUCCCGAAGCAAAACUGGUUCCCGAGUCCCCAAAAGUCAGACCUGAGGAAAUCGUCAAAGAGGCUGAAAUCAAAUCAGAGAAAGGUGUGCGUGUGGGUGAGAGAGAUGACACACUUCCUCCGGGUUACAGAUUCCCUAAGGAAGACCCUAAAACACAGCCUCCUCCCCCAAAGAAAGAGCCCUCACUGGACCCGACCGAGGCCCUGGAUAUCCUUUCAGGAGAUUUCACCAGCUCAUCAGCAGCACCUGUAGUCCAUGCCCCUGUUCCUCCCUCGGCUCCCCCAGCAGACAGCUCAGCAGACUUCGAUCUCGAGGAGUUUGCGCUGGAUUUUGUGGCUCCCACGAGUGCAUCUAAAGUCUGUUCUGCUGCUUCAGCUCCCACUACUACUGACAGACAGGCAGAUCCCAUGUCUCUGGAUGCUCUUGACGCUCUGGGAGGCACACUUCCCGAAGCAAAACUGGUCCCCGAGUCCCCAAAACUCAGACCUGAGGAAAUCAUCAAAGAGGCUGAAAUCAAAUCAGAGAAAGGUGUGCGUGUGGGUGAGAGAGACGACACACUUCCUCCGGGUUACAGAUUCCCUAAGGAAGACCCUAAAACACAGCCUCCACCCCCAAAGAAAGAGCCGUCCUUGGACCCUACUGAAGCUCUGGAUAUCCUUUCUGGAGAUUUCACCAGCUCAGCGAAGGCGCCUGUAGUCCAGACCCCUGUUCCUCCUUCAGCUCCCCCAGCAGACAGCUCAGCAGACUUUGAUCUCGGGGAGUUUGCGGUGGAUCUUGUGGCUCCCACGAGUGCAUCUAAAGUCUGUUCUGCUGCUUCAGCUCCCACUACAAUGGACAGACAGCUGUCAGAAGGUACCACAUCAGCCAUGGAUGCUCUCUCGGACACUCUAAAGGACAUUCGUCCAGCGCCUGAGCCAGAACCAGUGCCUCCUAAACAUGUUGUUGAGGAGAAGAAGGUGGUGGAGGAGAGGGUGUCUAAGCCUGGUGAGAGAGAUGACUCGCUUCCUCCUGAGUGUCGGCCCAAAGAGGCGGAUAUCAAGGCUGCAGCAGAAGCCAAAGCCAAGGCAGCGUCUGCAGCUAAGCAGCCCUCACUCGAUGAGUCCCAAGCCCUUGACAUUCUGUCCGGUAGCUUUGUUUCUGAAAAGCCUCCAGUGACUCCACCUGCACCUCAGUGUCAGGCUCCUCCUGCAAACACAUCUUCCAGCCAGAAGGAGUCAGGUCCAGUAUUGGACAAACUGGCAGCUUCACUGCUACCAGGAGAUUUCCCUGACACGAAACCAAGUGACAGCAAACGAAAGGGUAAAGGUGGAAAAUCUAAAUCUGCACCAAAGAAACCUGCAGAAGCUGAUGUCCCAGUGAUGGAACCCCUCCCCCCCAAGCCGAGCACUGACGUAAUGUCCUCAUCCCCCACAAAGAAAGGCGGGAAGAGCUAGAUCUCACACACUAGUUGCUACCAACACAAAGCGAUACAGAGAUGCCAAUCCAAGAAGCUGCUCGAACGAAUACGUACAUAUUAUGUGUUGUAAUGGUAGAAAGGUGUACAGAACUUUAA